UAAAGAGUAUCAGAAUUCUGUCAAGUUCGGAUUGAAUUGUAAGUUGUGACUGUGAAGUGUGAGUUUGUGUUCUGACCUGAAUUAUCACAGGUAUCUUUAACACAUUGUGCUAUUGUUGUUUUCUAAAAAGUUGUCGUCAUUAAGUUUGAAUAUUUUGUCAUUUUUAAAAACUACAUCGUAUGAUAAUUUUACUUUUGGCAGAGUUUAGUGAUUCAUUUGGUGUUUGAGUAGUCAUGAAAUAUGAUUGCGGUGGUGGCAAAGUCUUUAUUUGCAAUCCUUGUAAUUGCGUCGACUGUUACUUCCAGAAUACACAAGCUGCCUCUUACGGAUGAUGAACGACACUAUGUUGACCUCACAACAUUUGGGUUCUUUCGAGGGGGCAUUCUGGAAGUGCAUAUGAUUAAUUUCAAGUUACCAUCAGGGCCUGUGGGCGAGUAUGGUUUUACCCUGGAUAGAACAGUAAACGAUGCUAUUAACCCAUAUUUGGAAGUGCAUUCAGACACAUGUAUUCUGAAAGGAGUGGAGAAGAGCAGCACACUUCUUUCACCUCAUCACCCGGCUAUUGUCUUCUUGAAAAUGGAUUUUAAAAAUCUAAGAUUGAAUAUAACUUGUGAAGGUGAAGUGACAGCGCUGCACCUCUACCAGAACCGUUCGAUGAUACCCAUUGACAGGACCAAGAGACAAUCGCAAUACAUGUUCGUAAAUAGACGGAGAAGAUCUCUUGAUGCGUCAGACGAUACAGACGAGCAGACGUUGGGCCCGCAGUGCUCCUACGCCGUCCUUCCCAUCACAAAGGAGACACGCAACGGUUUCGACUAUUACAACACGAGUUUCGCAAUGUACGUGGCGUCGGAGAAAGAGGAAGGCCUCUACAAUCUUUACUUCCACAACUGCCCUCGCGAAGAUGUCAUCAACCCACCGCCCAUUAAUGUGAUGAUCGAAAUAUACGAGAGCAACGACGGCAACUUCCUGUCCGCUGGCGAGAUGCCGCUCCCGGCGCUGUACAGUAUGAUGUCACUUAUAUUCUUACUGAGCGCCGGCUUCUGGACCUUCAUAUUGAAAACGAGCAGGCACACCGUGUACAGGAUACACAUCAUCAUGUGUGUCUUAGUGUACUUGAAGGCGAUGUCAUUAGCUUUCCACGGUAUUAAUUACCACUUCAUUCAGACGAGAGGGGAACACGUGACCGCUUGGGCUAUACUCUACUAUAUAACGCAUUUGUUAAAGGGGGCAGUAUUGUUUGUAACGAUAGUGCUCGUGGGGACAGGCUGGAACUUCAUAAAGCAUAUCCUCGCCGACCGUGAUAAGAAAAUUUUCAUGAUUGUUAUACCGUUGCAGGUCGUGGCUAACGUGGCAGAGAUUAUAAUAGCGGAGAGCGAGGAAGGUGCCGCGGAACAUAAUGCUUGGCGCAUACUGUUUAUAUUCGUCGACAUGCUGUGCUGCGGUGCCAUUAUGUUCCCCGUCGUCUGGUCGAUACAUCACCUAGAGGACUCUUCGACUACCGACGGUAAGGCGGCCGUCAACCUGCGGAAAUUGAAACUGUUCCGGCACUUCUAUGUGAUGAUUCUCUGCUACAUAUAUUUCACUAGGAUCAUUGUUACUAUUUUGGAGAACACGGUGCCAUUCCAAUACUCGUGGAUAGACGAGAUGUUCCGCGAGAUGGCCACCUUCGUUUUCUUCGUGAUGACAGGAUACAAGUUCAGACCGGCCGCCGCUAAUCCGUACUUCACACCGACGCACCUGGACGAUGUCGAGCCCAAAGUGUUGUCAGACAUUGGAGUCCUAGACGGCGUCACCAACCGGGAAAAGAAGAGAGAGGACAUGCAACCCCUCAUGCAAGACAACAAUUCCGAUUAAAUUAUACUAUACAUCUAAUUAAAUAAGCAUAGUUUUAAUCAAUUAAAGGUGUAUUACAAUUUUUAAAUGUAUAUGUAUUGUAUAGAUGUGAAUAAUUUCAUUAUUUGUUACUUUACUAUUGGUAGGGCUCAGUGUACGCCUUUAAUACCAAAUAAUGUGCAAUUAUUUUGCGGUAAAAAUGUAAAAUGUGAAUACCCAACUUUAUUGUAGAACGGCUAAUGUACUGGGCCAAAGGUGAAUCGAUUGAUGUGAUCACAAGGUUACCAAUUUCGGUUCUGCUCAUCUUGUUAUGAUUUUUUAUCCGUGGUUGGGUUUUGUGCCAGCCCAACUGAUUCGGUACGAGUUAUAGCUAUGCUGCCGCUGGACAUUAUUAUUCCGGUUGGAAUAGUGAGUUAAUCAGGCUACUCACAGGCCCAAAGGAGAUAACACCUUAAAUACGACGGUUGGCGGCGCAUUGGCGUCGCAUUGGCGGCCAAUGUUUAUGGUUAAAGUGCCAAUGUUUAUGGGCCUUCCUAAAAUGAGUAAAACAAAAUAAAAGCUAUAAAUAAAAUUUAAUAAUUUUCAAUGAACAAUGUGACUGAACUAAUAAUGCUAAGUCAGAACUUAUAUUGACUGAGAGGCGGUCCAAGGUUGUAAAUAUAAUGUAUUUAAGCGAAUUCUUAAAUCAUCAUACUAAUAAAAAACGCGAUUAUAAUAAAUUUGAUAUUUAGUUAUUUAAUCAUUAUCAUUAACAAAAAUAAUUACAUUUUAAUUAAAAAAACACGAUUGCCAUUAUAAAAUAAAUAUUCAACGUCACUUGUGAUGUAAUGAUUAACCAUAUCCCAUACAUUUAAUAUGUUCAGGAAUUUGGUGCAAUAAGUACAUGAAAGCAUUACACUCCUUUUUGUAAAGUCGUGUAAUGAUU